AGAUUGGGUUACUGUUUUUAUCGCCUUUAAAGUCGAGCUACUGUCAUCUCGAUAUGGAUUUAUUAAUGCAACUAUUUUAUAAUGUUUGAUUAGCUUACUUAAAUAAGGGUUUUAUAUAUUCUGUGUUAGGGUGAUUGUAUUGUCGAAAUGAAUUUUAAAUUAUCUGAGUUUAUUUUAUUAGUGAUUGCUCUUCAGCCAACCCUUUCGGCUCACGUUCAUUCACAUAACAAAGAGAGGGUUGAUGAUGGUUUUGGUAGUGUAAAUCACUUUGCAACUGAUGGAUCUCACAAUUCUGAAUAUGAUCAUCAAGCGGUCUUAGGUAGCAAGAAAGAAGCUGCUGAAUACGAUGAAUUACCUCCAGAAGAAUCUCAAAGGCGAUUAAGAAUAUUAGUUACUAAAGGUGGCAUGGAUGCCGAUACCGAUGGAUUUGUGUCAAAAGAAGAAUUGACUCAAUGGGUAUUUAAAUCUUUCGAGUCGCUGGCUAGUGAAGAAGGAAUUGAAAGUUUCAAUGAGGAAGAUACUAAUAAGGAUGGAUAUGUUUCUUGGGAUGAACAUAUAAAUUAUAAUUUUGAAGCUGAUGAAUUACAAUUUAAAGAUACCAAUGAGAUGAUCCAUGAAGAUAAAAUUUUAUUCAAAGCAGCUGAUAUAAAUAAUGAUGGCAAAUUAGAUGUUACAGAGUUUCCUGCCUUCAAUUCACCCGAAGAUUUUGUUUCUAUGCAUGAAGCUUUAUACCAAAUAACGAUGGAAAAAAAGGAUAAAAACAAUGAUGGAGCUCUUGAUUUCAGUGAAUUCAUUCGAGAUGAAAGAGGUGGAAUACCUGAACCGAAAUCGGAAAUUUAUAUCAUUGAAAAGGAACGCUUUUCUAAAGACUUUGAUCUCGAUAAAAAUGGAAAACUUGACAAGAAAGAGACUCUUCUUUGGCUGGUUCCAGACAUUAGAGAAACCGCAGCUUCUGAAGCUGACCAUUUAUUAACUACAUGUGAUGAUGAUGGUGAUGGCAAAUUAUCUGUAGAGGAAAUUGUAUCCCAUUACGAUGUUUUCGUUGGAAGUGAAGCGACAGACUUUGGUGACCAUCUACACAAAAUUAAUCCUCAUGACGAAUUGUAACGUUAUUUAGAGAUUUAAUCUACUUAACGUUAACGGAACGGAUUAUCAACAGAAGCUGUGACCCAAAAGCAUUACCUCAGUCCGGUCAAAUUUUAAAUGGAAACUGUCAAUUACUUCUAGAUAUUAACCGUCAAGGAUGAACAGGAAAGAGUGAUGACAACAAUUAGUUUACCCAUUUAUAUUUCCCUAAUAUUCUUAAUCAUAUUAACACUUUAGAUAUGAGCCCAAUUAAUGUCACUUAGGUAUACUCUGCCAUAAGAAAAUUAAGUACUAAUUCAAAUUAAGAAAUUGAAUUGUUACUCAUUACAUAAGUUUCAAAAAAUAUUCCUUUAGAUGACAUAUCUAACUAAAUUUUACUUACAAUAUGUGCCAUGAGCUACUCCGAUCAUUUUAACAAUUUAACCUGAAUGCCAUUUAUACCAAUUAUUAAUCUAUUGUAAAUAUCAUUCUUAAUGAGAUCUGUACUUCUUUAUUAUUCAACUAUAGUAAUUAUUAAACGAAACAAUCACUUUCAA